AUGUUGUCCGGCAUGUCAAUAAUAGCAUUGCUGGCAUUGGCCACCUUCAGCCAAGUUGCUCCGGUAUUGGCAACAUAUCCGGCGGAAUGCACCGAAGAAAAUAUACAAGUACGAAGAGAGUGGUCAAGCCUGGCACUGGAGGAUCGUAAAGCAUAUAUAGACGCGGUGCAGUGUCUGAUGGAUAAGCCCUCCCAGCUGGACCCAACAGUGUACCCGGGGGCAAAGAGCCGACAUGCCGACUUUAUCGCAACACACAUCAACUAUACCUUUACCAUCCAUCUCGACGCCAUCUUCCUGCCCUGGCACCGAGGGUACGUCCGGCUGUAUGAGAAGGCUCUCCAAGAAGAAUGCGGAUUCAAUGGUACCCAGCCGUACUGGGACUGGCCCGCCUAUACGGACAAGCCUCUGCGCGAGUCGACGCUGUUUGAUGGCAGCCCGUACUCACUCGGGAGCGACGGCGUCUUCACCAACGAGACUCUCUAUACGGGACCCAACCAGACCUACCCUAGUGGCACCGGGGGUGGCUGCGUCUUCGCAGGUCCCUUCAUGAACUAUACUACGCCCUACCGCGAUUUCCCACAGUCUCUGAUUACCGACAAUGUCAAUGGUUCUUUGCCCUCUGAUUCUUUUGACUACUCCCCUGGCUGCUUCAAGCGUAACCUGAAUGACUAUGCCCUCCGGGUGAAUAACAACUACAGCAGUAUUGCCGAACUUUUGAACCAGACCACCAUGGGCGACUUUCAGAACACUCUGUCCAGCCCGGAGGGCGCGAGUUGGUUCGGUCCUCACGGUGGUGGCCACUUUGCCAUGGGCGGCGUGGGCUCGGAUCUGUUCACCAGCCCCACGGAUCCUGCCUUCUUCCUGCACCAUGCCCAGGUCGACCACGUGUGGUGGCAGUGGCAAUCCGCAGAUCUAGAGGCGAGAGCAUUUGCACUCAACGGCACCAUGACCUUGUCCAAUGUUCCUCCGUCGCGGGACUUGACGCUUGGCGACUAUCUUACCUGGGGACCGUUGAGUGAUGACAAGCAGGUCAAAGAUCUGAUGCUGCCUUAUGAGGGCCCUUUUUGUUAUCGGUACGAAUGA